CCUGUCUCUCUCCAAGCCCACACACUCAUUUCUCACUCUGUUUUCACAACUCUAUAAUCUCUUUCGACUCACAUUUACAAAAAAAAAUGGUAAGAUUCAUAGAAGAAAACACGAAACUUGUGGAAAAAGAAACAGGAAACAAAUCAAACAACGAUGUAACAACAACGAAGAAGAAAGUUCUUCAAGAUCUUAGUAUCAACAAUGGAGGAGGAUUAAUCAAUUCAUGGGUUGAUUCAAUGAGAGCUUGUUCUCCUACUCACCUUAAAUCUUUGUUGAAACAAAGCUCUUGGCUCACAGAACAUCCAUCAGCUUUGGAUAUGUUUGAAGAGAUUCUUCACCUUUCUCAAGGAAAACAAAUCGUUAUGUUCUUGGAUUAUGAUGGCACUUUAUCUCCCAUUGUUGAUGAUCCAGACCGAGCUUUCAUGUCUAAGAAGAUGAGAAGAACUGUGAGGAAACUAGCAAACUGUUUCCCGACGGCCAUAGUUAGUGGGAGAUGCAGAGAAAAGGUUUAUAAUUUUGUGAAACUAACUGAGUUGUACUAUGCUGGAAGUCAUGGAAUGGACAUCAAAGGACCAGAGCAAGGGUCCAAAUUUGAGGAAGAUAGUAAAUCUCUUCUUUGCCAACCAGCUACAGAGUUCCUCCCCAUGAUCGACGAGGUUUAUAAAAAAUUAGUGGAGAAAACAAAAUUUACUCCCGGAGCCCAAGUAGAGAACAAUAAAUUUUGUGUCUCGGUUCACUUCCGACGUGUCGAUGAAAAUAACUGGAGUGAUUUGGCUAACCAAGUUCGAUCAGUAAUGAAGGACUACCCUAAGCUCCGUCUUACUCAAGGAAGAAAAGUUUUGGAAGUUCGUCCUAUUAUUAAAUGGGAUAAAGGCAAAGCACUCGAGUUUUUAUUAGAGUCACUUGGAUACGCUAAUUGUACCGACGUGUUCCCUCUUUAUAUCGGAGAUGAUCGCACAGACGAAGAUGCAUUUAAGAUAUUGAGAGAAAGAAGACAAGGUCUUGGCAUUCUUGUAUCUAAAUUUCCAAAGGAGACUAGCGCGUCUUAUUCACUGCAAGAACCCGAUGAGGUUAUGGAGUUCUUGCAACGUUUAGUGGAAUGGAAACAAUUGAGAUCUGGAGCAUAAUGAGAGCUAUAAGUACCGAAGAAUCUUUUCUUUUUAGUAACUUGUUAAUUUUAUUUUUCCUUUUCCUACUCUGAUUGUACUCAACGCAUAUGUAAAAUGUUUAUAAGAAAAUUGUAGAUCCAUU